AUGCGUUCGGGAACGUCCAAGGGGAUAUUCUUCCACCGGCAUCAGCUACCGCCGCACCCAGAGGACUGGUCCGCUCCGCUCCUGGCAGCCAUGGGCUCAAGUUGUGGGGACCCGCGACAGAUUGAUGGCGUUGGCGGCGGAUCUUCGACAACGUCCAAGGUGGCCGUGGUUUCGCCUUCAAAGAUCCCCGGCGUCGAUGUCGAGUACACUUUUGUACAGGUCGCGGUUGGCAAGAACAAGAUUGAUCUUAGUGGCAACUGUGGAAAUAUCGCCUCGGGCGUGGGACCAUUUGCGGUGCAGGAGGGAUUAGUAAAGACGACGCCAGGUCAGAAGACGCUUGAUGUCCGAGUCUUCAACACCAAUACAUCUCAGCACCUAGUGGAAACGCUGGAGCUGGAUGAGAUGGGCCAAUUUCAAGAAGAAGGUGAUUUUCAGCUGCCUGGAGUGCGCGAAUAUGGCAGCAAGGUUCAGGUGGCAUUUAAAAACCCAGAGGGAAGUUUGACGGGAGCUCUUUUCCCUACGGGUCGGAAAGUCGACACACUCUGUGUGCAGUCAACGUCAAUAUUCCCAGCCUUUACUAUUGAGGCGACCUUGAUUGAUGCAGCCAAUCCGUUUGUUUUUGUCGACUCUACGCAGCUCGCAGGUAUUGUGCAGAACCGCCCACCAGAGUCCCAAGAGUACAAGGACGUCAUCGAGGAGAUUCGCCGCAUAGGCGCCGUCAUGAUGGGACUUGCACCAGAUACCAUGACGGCGGCCGCCACGCAGGGAACACCAAAGAUUGCAAUUGUCUCGAGACCGGAGCCGGCUGCUAGCAUGGCCGACAUACGCGUCCUGUCGUUUAGCAUGGGAUCUCCACACUCCAGUUUACAACUCACGGGUGCCGUCACGCUCGGGGCUGCCAUUUGCAUACCGGGCACAAUCCCGCACAGAUUGAGUCCUCAAUCGUCAAAAGAAAGAUCAAAAAUGCAGUCGGCAGCUCUUCCUACGCCAGAGAGAACUCCUAGCCCGCUAGGGUCUUUUGAACCGGGCUCGGAUAAGCCAAGAUAUGAAAAUGAAGCGGAAGCGUCCGAUAUAUUGGACUGCGAACCAUUGGCAAUACACAUCGAGCACGGGAAAGGGGUCAUGCCUGUUGAGGUGAAGAUGAAGAGAAGAGGCCAACCCGUGUAUAACAAUUGCAAGUUGGAAUAUUGUACCGUGUUUCGGACGGUACGCCGGCUAUUUGAGGGAAGCAUUAGCUAUUAUUGUUGA